AUGCCCGAUGCCCAAAACCCAAAGCAAAGAAGUCGAAAGUCGAAAGCCGAAGCCGAACGUCGAAAGCCGAAAGUGAAAGUCGAAAUCGAAAUCGAAAUUCCAUAUCAGGAAACGAAGUGGAUACUUGUAUCCGUCAUACUAGACACUGUUAGACCUCUCAGCAAUUCAAACAUUGCAACGAACCGUCAUGAGAGCGAAGGCCAGUCUGCCGAGGUCGAGAAUAAGACUCAUGACGAAGAGUAUGGUUGGGAACACGAUCCUGCGAACCCCAGGAAUUGGUCUCCACCAAAAAAAUGGACAAUGGCUACGCUUGUCUCGCUGUACGCGUUUGUCACUCCACUAGCAAGUUCUAUCAUGGCACCUAGUUUACUUGACGUAGCCAUCAAAUUCAGUAUAACCGAUUCAACAGUCAUAGCGUUGACUCUAAGUAUAUUCCUUCUAUCCUUUGCCAUUGGUCCUUUAUUUGCGGCACCAUUGUCGGAAAUGUAUGGUCGUGUAUGGGUACUCCACCUAGCGAACCUCUUCUUUUUCACCUUUAAUCUCGGCUGCGCUUUGUCACGCACCACUGUAUCCUUCAUUGUUUUCCGGUUUCUAGCUGGAUUAGCGAGGAGUGCACCUAUGGCAUGCGGCGGAGGUGUCAUGAGCGACCUCUUCGCGGAACGUGAUCGAGCAUCGGCUAUGGCACUAUAUAGCAUCGGGCCCUUGAUAGGUCCUACUAUCGGUCCUGUUAUGGGAGGUUUCAUCGCAGAAUCAGUCGGUGUACAAUAUGUCUUCUAUGUCAUUAUCGCGAUCUCUGGCGUUGCCGCAGUGAUCGGCAUCCCUCUCUUGAGAGAAACAUAUGCGCCAGUCAUCAGGCUUCGUCUUAACAACAUGGCGCUGGAUUCCGAAAAGGCGACUGCGGGACAUCCUGCCCUCCAACACGAGAUGGGGAAAUGGGCUUACUUAUGGCUCAACCUCAAGCGGCCUGUCAUGCUGUUGACCCGGAGUUUUAUACUCUUCAUGCUGAGCUUGUAUAUGUCUUUGAUAUAUGGUAUCUACUACUUGAUGUUUGCUACUUUCCCCAACCUCUAUUCAAAGGUGUACCACUUCAGCACUGGAAUUGGAGGUCUGACGUACACCGGAAUAGGCGUUGGAUUUCUAACCGCCUCUUUCUUUGGCGCCAGAGUUUCCAGUAAGAUAUACACAUACCUUGCUGCAAAAAAUGGAGGGAAAGGUAAACCAGAGAUGCGCAUACCUGCUCUGAUAUUCGGCUCGUUUUUUGUCCCAGUGGGACUAUUUUGGUAUGGUUGGUCUGCCCAAGCCAAGGCCCACUUCAUGAUGCCCAUCAUUUGUACCGCUAUCUUUGGGUUCGGGUUGAUGACAAGUUUCCUCCCUAUUCAACUGUAUCUCGUGGAUACAUUCACCUAUGCUGCAAGCGCUAUUGCAGCCGCUUCUAUGUUUCGUUCAUUUCUUGGUUUCGUAUUCCCUCUGUUUGGAGAACAGAUGUUUGCGGCACUCGGCUAUGGUGAGGGAAAUUCCCUGCUUGCAAGUCUUGCCAUCAUCAUUGGUAUACCAUUUCCCGUGUGGAUAUAUUUUGCUGGCGAACGUAUCCGCGCGAAGAGUUCCUUUACCCGUUGA